AUGCAAGCCGUGGAGGUAGGUCUGGUUCCCGCUCCAACGAGGGAGCCGAGACUGACCUGCUGGCUGCGGAGAGGCAGCGGGAUCUUGGCGCACCUGGUGGCCUUGGGCUUCACCGUCUUUCUGACUGUGCUGUCCCGGCCAGGAACCAGUCUUUUCUCCUGGCACCCUGUGUUCAUGGCAUUGGCGUUCUGCCUCUGCAUGGCGGAGGCCAUCCUACUCGUCUCUCCCUUGUACUCCCCGUUCUUCUUCUGUUCCCGAAAGGCUCGGAUCCGUCUCCACUGGGUGGGGCAGACCCUGGCCCUCGUCUGUGCAGCCCUGGGCCUGGGCUUCAUCAUCUCCAGCAGGAACCGCAGUGAACUGCCCCACCUGGUGUCCUGGCACAGCUGGGUGGGAACUCUGACCCUGCUGGCCACUGGUGGCCAGGCACUGUGUGGACUCUGCCUCCUCUGCCCCCGGGCAGCCAGGGUCUCGAGGGUGGCUCGCCUCAAGCUCUACCAUCUGACCUGUGGAUUGGUGGUCUACCUGAUGGCUACAGUCACGGUGCUUUUGGGCAUGUACUCAGUGUGGUUCCAGGCCCAGAUCAAAGGUGCAGCCUGGUACCUAUGCCUGGCACUGCCCCUCUAUCCAGCCUUGGUGAUCAUGCACCAGAUCUCCAGCUCCUACUUGCCAAGGAAGAAAAUGGAAAUGUGAAUUUCUCAGAUUGCUGAAUACAGGUGGGACACCUGCCUUGGACUUCCACGGUUCCUUUGAUGACCUUCAGCGGAGCCACUUCAAAAGUGGUAGGGUUUUUGCACUUCUUGGCUGGGCCAGGUGCUACAGAAUCCGGAGUGACUGUUGUGGAGGUGCCGACACUGGGCUGAAGUGGGCACAUGUGUGGCAUGCGAGUGGACAGUAGUGGGGAGCUUGAGCCUGAAGCCUCCAUUCGUGGCUGUGGACAGUGGGGUGGUGGUGGGAGUGGAGGCCUUACUUGCAUACCUCAUGAAGAAUUGGGUUCCUCAGCCUCAGUGGGAGCUAUGGGUAUUUGGGUGGUGUCUGAGAAAGCAGUGUGGCGUCAUGGGGAGCCCCGAGACCUCAUUCCAGGGCUUAGGCUUUGUUGUGUGACACUAAGCAAGUCACAUGUCUUCGGAUCUCAGGUUCCUCCUCUGUGAAAUGAAUGCUUCUUAACUCA